AGAUCUCUCUCUCCUGAGCAGCGAUGGGGGCGGGUCGGAUCCUGGGGGCCGGGAGCCGCUGGGCUGGGGCUCUGCUAGUGACACUGACGGUGCUGAGAACCCACCUGGCUCAUUGCACGGAGCCCCCAGAGCAUUUCCUGCUCCAGUCAAAGCACGACUGUCUCUACACCAACGGCACCGAGCGGGUCCGGUUCCUGCACCGCUACAUCUGGGACCGGCAGCCGUUCCUGCACUUCGACAGCGAGGUGGGGCGGUUCGUGGCGGACACGGAGCUGGGGCGGCCCGAUGCCGAGGGCUGGAACAAGGACCCGGCGAUCCUGGCGGACGCGCGGGCUGCGGUGGACCGGUGCCGGCACAACUACGGGGCGGUCGAGCCUUUCAGCGUGGCCCGGAGCCCUGCGCCCCGGGUGAAAGUUUCCCCCACGAAAUUGGGGUCCGAGCCCCACCCCGACCUGCUGGUUUGCUCGGUGACGGGGUUUUACCCC